AUGAGCCUAGUGGGCUUUGCCCUGGUAAGUGGAGAAAGGGCUGGAAGGGAAGUGUUAGGAUGCGCACAUGGCCCUGAACCUAGAGGCUGGCCAGGGCCAGGGGUCCUGGGGCUUCUGUGGGCAGAAAAGAUGAGGACUCCACUGACCCAAGAGCCCACCCCCACAACCGUGACCAGUGACCGAUGGCAGGGCCCUAUCUUCUGCCCACUUUCUGUCCAGCUUGAGAGAUUUAACAGCUCCAGACUUAAUCUGGAGAACCUGGCUGACUUGAAACUUCAAAGAUGUUAAGAAAGAUUCCGGAAGCAAAGAGUUCCCUGCAGGGCCCCAGAGCCUGUGCUGCAGCCCCAGGCCCAGCCACAGCCUGUGUUCCUGGAGGUGUUCCUGCAGUAAGCUGCUGAGAACCAGGAGGCCCUGACUGAUAAAUACCAGGCAGGCAGAGGAGACCCCAGUGCCCAUGAUAAGCUCCACCAAACAGCCUUGCACUGGGCCUGUGUGAAGGGUCACAGCCAGCCUGUGCACAAGUUGAUGGAAGGAGGUGCGACUGAGGAUGCCCGGGACUUGCUGGACAGGAUGCCUGUGUUCUGGGCCUGCUGUGGAGGACACCUGGACAUCCUCAAACAACUGCUUUGUUUAUGUCACUUGGUCCCAGGAGGACAGGGCCUGCAGAAGGCUCCUGCACUGACGUCCAGCUUAAGGACAGCCCAGGACCCAUCUCUACGGGCCAUCUAA